CCAGAAGAAAUUUUUAUAAUUUCUCUGGGGAUAAGCGAUUUCUACAGCCAUAUAUAUAUAUUACAUAUAAUCAUUCAAUUUCAGAGAAAGAGAGCUCGAUCGGUUCAUUUUCCCCUCUGCCCAACAAAAAAAAAACCCCAGAGAAAAUGAAUCGCAAAACCGCCAGAAAACCUCUCCCUCCGGUAUCGAUCCCCUCGCCGCCGGCGACGGAUGCCGACGAGCCCCUGACUCCCGCCGGCCGGAUGUUCCUCCAGCCGGAGCUCGACACCGUAAUCCACUGCGCUAUCGGGGUACGAAACCCCCUCGACGUCGACGCCAUCAAGGAAAUCAUCAAAAACUCGCUCCUAUUGAAGCACCCGCGGUUCUCCAGCAUCCUCGUGCGGGACGAGCACGGCCGCGAGCGGUGGCGGAGAACGAAGGUCGAAAUCGACCGCCACGUCUUCGCCGUCGACGCGGCGGCGGGAGAUGCCGACGACGGCGGCGGCGGGUGUCCGGAGAGGAAGGUGAACGACUACAUCGCCGAUUUAUCGGCGGGCGAGCCGCUGAGAUCCGACAAGCCGCUGUGGGAAAUCCACCUGCUGACGGAGGAGCGGUGCGCCGUGCUCCGGAUCCACCACGCGCUCGGCGACGGCAUCUCGCUGAUGUCGAUGCUGCUCGCCGACUGCCGGAAGUCGGGGAAUCCGGACGCGAUCCCCAGUCUCCCGGCGUCGGAAGCUGGCCGCCGCCGGCGGCGGCGGUCGUGGGCUGCGGCGGCGGCGGAGUUGGUGAUGAUGGUGGUUUACAGUCUGGUGUACUGCUUGGAGUUCACGCUGAGGGUGCUCUGCGUCGGCGAUCGGAGGACCGGGAUCAGCGGCGGCGCCGGGACGGAGCUGUGGCCGAGGAAGUUGGCGACGGCGAAGUUCUUGAUCGAGGACAUGAAGACGGUGAAGUCAGCGGUGGCGAAUGCGACUAUAAACGACGCUUUGUUCGGCGUGAUAGCAUCCGGGCUAUCAAGAUACUUGGACCAUCGAACUCCAAAUGCUCUGAAGGAAGGCCAACAAAUAACAGGGAUGGCCAUGGUUAACCUUAGACCACAAUCUGGAUUACAGGAAUUAUCAGACAUGAUGAAGAGCAAUUCAUCAGCAAAAUGGGGUAACAGAUUUGGGAUACUGGUAUUACCAGUAUUUUACCACAGCCACCAUAGCGAAGAAGGGUCGAGCUCGAAUCCGCUGGAUUUCGUGAAGAGAGCCAAGAAGAUGAUUGACAGGAAGAAGAAGUCUUUGGAAGCUCACUUCUCUUACAAGCUCUGCAACAUUGUCAUGUCCACAUUAGGUCCUAAGUUUGCAUGCAAGUGUAACUACGAUAUAAUCUGCAACACCUCGUUUACGAUCUCCAAUGUUCUUGGACCCAAGGAGGAAAUCACCAUUGCUGGGAAUCCUGUCACCUUCCUAAGAGUCAAUACUUCAAGCAUUCCCCAUGCUUUGACAAUGCACAUGGUGAGCUAUGCAGGGAGAGCUGACAUGCAGAUUUUGGUGGCCAAAGAUGUUAUUCCGGACCCGGAAUUUCUGGCUAAGUGCUUCGAAGAUUCUUUGAUGGAGAUGAAGACUGCGGCUGAAAAGGCUGCUGCUGCUUCUUCCUGACUUGCUCGUAUCAACAAAAUCUAGUUCAAACAGAUUGAUACAUUACACAAUACGAUUUUGAUUUUCAAAUUCAAGACUCGAUUUCUCGAUUCGAUCUGAUCACUCGAAUCGAAAAAACUACCAGAUCAGAUGCGAUUGAAGGAGAAGCAAAGAACAGCACAGUACCUUUAUCACAGAAGGUAGAAACAACAACAGCCUCAGACUCAUAUGUACAUGUGGAUAUUUGGUUAGUGAUCAAAGAUGAAAUGCAAAUGAACUCCCUCUCUUUUCCUUUCUCUCCCUAAUGAAUGGCACUAAGCAACAAAGAACCAAAUCCAAGCAUGUUUUUUUGACUGAAGGACAACCAAACUCUAGCCAUUUUUUUUACCUCAUGCUUUCACCAUGGGCUGGGACUUCUUGCUCACUCCUUUCUUCCUUCUCAUCAGCAGCCUCCUCAGAAAUUCAAACCCUGCACUUUUUUUACCUGGCACAAUCGCCAUUGCUGUACUUGUAUCUGCAGUUUUACCACCAUCACCUUCUGGAGUUCUGCCACCACCAUAAUCAUUAUGUUGGUUCGGAGAUUCUAUCAGUGCAUCUUCUUCCUUUGGCGAGUAGAGAAUGAUCGCUUUAGAUUUAUCUUCAGCUAGCAUUUGGUCACGCAAUGAGAACCGACGGAACAAGUUCCUGUUGUUGUUGGUGGUGGUGGCGACAAUGUUAGCGGCAUUCCCAGCAUUGAAUACCUUGUCAAACAAGGCUGCUUCACUUGGUGAAGCCAGUGCCUUCAGUUGCUUUCCAAGGCUGAGAAUGGUUUCUUGGCAUUCGGCCAGCUUCACUGAGGCUGCUGAUAUCUCCAAUUCCUGCAAUACACUUUGCCGAUCACCAUUACAGCAUAUGGAGAUAAAGACUUCGAAGAGGUAGGGUGACAAUAGUAAACUUACAUUUUGGGAUGAUUGCUUUCCUUCUCCAUUCAUGCCAUUGUUUGUAGUCUCGAUACACGUUACUCUGUAAGAAGAAGGAAAAUGUUGC